UCCCUCAGGUAGGCAGGAUGCAGGCGGCAGCCCUGCCUGUGGUGGGAGCGGGGUGUGUUUGUACGCGUGGAUAUGUGUGUGUCUGCACACCUGCGCCGUGGCAGCCGGGCUGGGGAGUGUGUCACCACAAUUUGGGGCCGCCCUCGGGGCCCUGCCAGGACUGAACAAGCCAGCCCGGGGUGACGGUGCGGCUGCCCUGCUGCCGCCGCAGUCAGUGAGAUCACUUCCAGGCGACACAGCUGCCAGGAAGGCGGCAGGAAGGUGGCAGGCGGGCUGUGACAGUGAGCAGGGUGAUGUGAUGGAGAGGCUGAGCUGUAGCAUGCAGGCGGAGGAGGGCACGGACUGGCUGCUGGAGCUGCUCACUGAGCUGCAGCUGCAGCAGUACUUCCUGCGCAUCCGAGACGAGCUCAACGUCACACGCCUCUCCCACUUUGAGUACGUCAAAAAUGAGGAUCUGGAGAAGAUUGGCAUGGGACGCCCCGGCCAGCGGCGGCUGUGGGAGGCAGUGAAGCGGAGGAAAGCCAUGUGCAAGCGGAAAUCCUGGAUGAGCAAGGUGUUCAGUGGGAAGCGCCCAGAGUCGGAGCUGCCACCCCAGCCCCAGAGUACCUUCCGCAAGCCUCCCACACCACCACCCCCUGAAGCUGGGGGCCAGCACUCCCUCACCUGCCUCGUGCGGGAGCGGGACCUCUCAAUCUUUGAGAAGCUGGGUGACGGCUCUUUUGGUGUCGUGCGUCGCGGCGAGUGGUGCACACCUGCUGGCAAGACGCUGAAUGUGGCAGUGAAGUGCCUCAAGACAGAUGUGCUGAGCCAGCCAGAGGCACUGGACGACUUCAUUCGGGAGGUGAAUGCCAUGCACUCCCUGGACCACAGGAACCUCAUCCGCCUGUAUGGCGUGGUGCUCUCCCACCCCAUGAAGAUGGUGACAGAGCUGGCCCCACUGGGCUCCCUCCUGGACCGGCUGCGGAAGAACCAGGGCCAUUUCCUCAUCUCCACACUGUGCCAGUAUGCCAUCCAAGUGGCCAAGGGCAUGGCUUACCUGGAGUCCAAGCGCUUCAUCCACCGCGACCUGGCUGCCCGCAACAUCCUGCUGGCCUCCAAUGAGCUCGUCAAGAUCGGGGACUUUGGUCUGAUGCGGGCACUGCCCAAAAAUGAUGAUCACUACGUGAUGCAGGAGCAUCGCAAGGUCCCUUUUGCCUGGUGUGCUCCUGAGAGCCUGAAGACACGCACCUUCUCCCACGCCAGUGACACCUGGAUGUUUGGAGUGACCCUCUGGGAGAUGUUCACCUAUGGUCAGGAGCCUUGGAUUGGCCUCAAUGGCAGCCAGAUCCUGCACAAGAUAGACAAGGAGGGUGAGCGGCUGCCACGGCCUGAGGACUGUCCCCAGGACAUCUACAACGUCAUGUUGCAGUGCUGGGCACACAAGCCCGAGGACCGACCCACCUUCGUGGCCUUGCGAGACUUCUUGGUGGAGGCUCAGCCCACAGACAUGAGAGCGCUGCAGGACUUUGAGGAGCCAGACAAGCUGCACAUCCAGAUGAACGACAUCAUCACAGUCAUUGAGGGCAGGGCCGAGAAUUACUGGUGGCGGGGUCAGAAUAAACGGACCCUAAAAGUGGGCCAAUUUCCCCGAAACACGGUGACCUCGGUGGCAGGGCUGUCAGCCCACGACAUCAGCCAGCCACUUAAAAACAGCUUCAUCCACACAGGCCAUGGAGACACCAACCCGCAGCACUGCUGGGGGUUUCCUGAUAAAAUUGAUGAGCUGUACCUGGGAAAUCCCUUGGACCCUCCUGAUAUUUUAGGUGUGGACCCAAGUGCUGCCAGACCUACACAGCUUCCAGGGAGGGCUAAAAGGCAGCCUCCUCCGCGCCCACCUCAGCCUACCGUCCUGCUCACCAAGCCUUGCUACGACCCAGUUAGUGAGGAGGAGGAGGGUCUGCCAGGGGGUCUCCGGAAGCUCUGCCUGAAGAAGCCGGGCACAGGGAAGGGUCUGCGACCAGUCAAGCCAUCAGCACGAGUACCGGGCACCAAGGUGGGCGAGCGGCAACCCAGACGUCUGGCAGGCGAGGGGACAGCAAGCAGCGAGGUGACUCUCAUUGACUUUGGGGAGGAAGUUCCCCAGGGUAGCCCCUCUCCAGUGGGAGAGCUGACAGCCCUAUCAUUAGCCGAGCUGGCCAUGGAGGCCUUCUCUUUGCUGGACAAGACCCCACCACAGAGCCCCACGCGGGCUCUACCUCGGCCACUCCACCCAACGCCAGUGGUGGACUGGGAUGCCCGGCCCUUGCCCCCACCGCCUGCCUAUGAUGACGUGGCCCAGGAUGAGGACGAUAUUGAGGUCUGCUCUAUCACCAGCCCCCCGAGCCGGCGGGGAAAGACCAACUAUGGCUUUGUGGAUGAGGGUGAGCGGGGACCGGCACUGGAGGACAACCUCUUCCUGCCCCCCAAGGAGACCAAACAGCCCAGCAUGACACAGACCACCGAGCUCUUCGAGGAGCUGCAGCAGGAGUGCAUGAAGAGGCUCAACGUCCCUCUGGGACCGGCUGCACCAGCUGACGACAAGCCCCAGAUCCCUCCCCGUGUCCCAAUCCCGCCCCGGCCCCUUCGCCGCAAUGAGCCUGGGCGCUGGUCAGGGGACCUUUCUCCAGCUUCAGGGGGCGAGGAAGACCGGCCGCCCCAGAUCCCCCCACGGGACCCACUGUCCCGGCCCACUUCCCGGACACCCAGCCCCAUGGCUCUGCAGGUGGGCUCCCCCCAGCAACGUGCUGCCCUCUGCUCCUGCCUCUCCACCUCACCAGGGAAGCCCAUGCCCACCACACAGAGCUUCGCCCUCGACCCUAAGUAUGCCACCCCCAAGGUCAUCCAGGCGCAGGGCAAGGACUGCUCCAAGGGACCCUGCAUCCUGCCCAUCGUGAAGGAUGGGCAAAAGGUCAGCAGCACCCACUACUACCUGCUGCCCGAGCGCCCGGCCUACCUGGACAAGUAUGAGAAGUUUUUCAAGGAGGCUAAAAGCCCUGAGGAGGUGGCAGUGUCCCGCCAGGUCACCACAGCCACUGUCCGUCCCAUGGUGCAGCAGCCAUUGUCAGACUGCAAGGCCAACUUUUCCUCCAACAACAGCAACCCUGGGCCCAAGUGCCUGGUGAAAGCCUCCUGCAGCCUCCAGAAGAUCGUUUACGACGGGCCAGAUGUUUGCCGUCCUGCUGACAAGAUCCGGCUGGUGCAGGACACGGUGCAUGGCGUGACCACCGAGGAAUGCCAGGCAGCCCUUCAGAGCCAUGGCUGGAACGUCCAACGGGCUAUCCAGUACCUGAAGGUGGAGCAGCUCUUCUGCCUGGGGCUGAAGUCCCGUGGUGAGUGCCAGCAGGUGCUGGAGAAGUUCAACUGGAACCUGGCACAGGCCAGCUCCCACCUCCUCGGUCCCUACAGCGCCACCCGCCAGAAGUGGUGACAGCGGGGACAAGGCGAGCUGUGUUGGAUCCAGAGCAGGCAUCUCGCCAUGGGGCCAGUCCCACUGCCUCCACCCAUACAACCUGCUGCAGGACUCUGGACUGAGCCCCUACUUGAGGGUGGAGACACCCCAAAAG